AUGUCCCCUACCGCCGACCUAAACCGCAGCAGCAGCAGCAGCAGCAGCGACCCAACACCAGCCUUCCUCGACACCCAACCAGGCCCAGACCACGACUGGAGAAUCACCCUAAAGGACAAAGUCAUCGCAAUCACCGGCGCCAACAGAGGAAUCGGGCUAGCCAUCGCCGAGGUCUGCCUAGCCAACGAAGCAGCAGCAGUGAUCAGCCUGGACCUAUUCGAGCCCGGGCCAGAGUUCCUCGCCCUGCAAGCAGCGCACGCGAAGUGCCUCCAAUACAUAUACUGCGAUGUGACAUCCGAGCAAAGCAUCAGCUCAGCACUCGAUACAGCCAUUGCCUCACGGGGCGCCAUCCACGGGUUCGUCGCAAAUGCCGGAAUGACGAAGCACCAGCCCGCGCUGGACUUUAGCCGCGCACAGCUGGACCAGCUGUUCAAUCUGAAUGUGUUUGGCGCGUACUUCUGCGCAACGGCGGUCGCGAGGAAGUUUAUUGAGCUGGGAAUUAAGGGCUCGAUUGUGUUUACGGCGUCGAUGACUUCCUAUCGCCCGAACCGCGCUGCGCCCUCGGCUCCUUAUGGGGCUACGAAGGGGGCUGUGAGGAAUAUGGUGCAUACGCUGGCUAUGGAGUGGGCGAAGCAUGGGAUCCGUGUGAAUUCGAUUUCGCCCGGGUUUAUUAAGACGGCUAUGACAUACUUUGUGGAUCAGGCGCCGGACUGGAAUCUCAAGAUGCAGUACUACGGCGGCAUGCCGAGAUUAGCUGAGCCCAAGGAGCUUGGUGGGGGGUAUGUGUAUCUGCUCUCAGAUGGUGCGUCUUACACGACCGGUAUCGACAUUCCAAUUGCUGGCAUAGUCGGAGCGUGGUAA